AUGGUGGUGCGAUCUCACGUCAGUAUCUGUGUGUCUGUGUCCCUGUUCCAACAAAUGCAAUGCCUGAAGCGUACGUGAUGAUGAUCUGUGUUCGAGGAAAUUUUAAUCACGAGGACCGCCGUGCCGAUGGAAAAGUUUGUGUAGCGACGCUGAAAGUUUGUGUCGGAGUGAAAUGGUGAGUGGCGCCGCCGAGCCCGCCAGGCUGGUGUGUGUGGCGUGACCUUUAGGAAACAGCAGCCCGGGCUGCUCACUUGUGCGGCGGAACUGUGCUACAGGCAUGCUGAGGGUAGAGGCCAGCUGAGGCAGGUUGUGCGCGCCGUGCCCACCCGCUCUCGCUUUGCCACCCGCGCCUGCGUGUACACACACACACACACACACACACACACACACACACACACACACACACACACACACACACACACAGGAGAUCAUGGGAAGCAAGCUGGAGGACUCGUGGGAGGAUGGUGAGGUCGUGCACCCACCGCCAUUGGUGGUGGUGCUGGGGGCGGAGGAAGGGCCUUACUGGUGUCAGGGAACGCCGCCCCAGGUGAACGUCACCGUGUGGGGCACUCCCAGCGGGCCUUCCACUGCCUCCUGCACUACGAACUCUCGCUCCCCAUCACUCAAUUCCUUCUGCUCUGACGUGUCUUGGGGCGAUGGCGGCAACGACCUUGCCUCGCUCUUCAAGCCUCGCGUGAAUCGGUCUCGUCACGCUUCCACCGAGCUGCUGUCAUGCAACCGAGGCUUGAUGGCGGCGGCCCCGGAACGGCUGUGUGCCUCCCACGAUCAUCUGGACACCUGCAAGGGGAAAGGGCGGCAUCGCUCCCGCCAAGACAAGGCCGAGAUGGGCUCAAGGGAGCGGUCGUCCUCCAAUGUGGAGAAUGGCCGCCGGGACACCACUCCAGACUCCAAGGUCAAGAGAUUUUUGUCAAAGAUGCGGUCGUACUCCCACCAUGACCUGCUGCACGGGCGGGGACGCAGUGCUUCCUGCACCGACGCGGUGAAGGCAGAGGAAUCACUCGCGCCGGAGCCGGAAGAGGUGCCUGAAGUGCCUGCGACGGCUAUAAACGCCCGCCUGGUGGGACGUUUCCGCAAAAAUGGCCCGGACUUAAAGAAGAGACGGUGGAGCGCCUGGGAGGACCGGAUGCUGCGGCUGUGGGGAUCCAAAACUCACGGGGAUGAAGGGCAUGUGGAAUCCAGGACUGAUCCAGAGCCCGCCGACCCUGCCCCCGCCCCGCCCCCCACCCCCGCCACCCUUGAUACCCCAUCCCUUGGCCAGGCACACCCAGGCAAGCCCCGCCUGGCCCGCACGCGCUCCAAUUCGGAGUCUGCCAUCAUCAUACACGAGAAGAAGCGUAAAAGGGGAUUUCAUCCGAGGGAUUCACGUCUGAUGGACAUCCUGCUCGACUUUCACCACCGCAAGAAGCGCGGCAGUCUGCCCUCGCUCGUGGCCAACAAACAACACCCCCCCAGCGCCGAGCCCCUGCAGAAGGAGGAUCAGCUCGUGACAAGGAAUGGCCGUGCCCUUUCAUGCCACAACCUCACGGAUUUCGCUGUGGAGGAUUACUUCGGGGAGAACACUCAAGGGGGUCUCUCUGAGGAUGAGCUGGAUGGUGACCGGCCUCGCCACGCCCUGCACCCACUGGACGCCCACGGACAUUCCCGCCACAGCCGCUCGCGCUUCUCCAUAGACAACUUUUUGAACGUCCUGAGGGGGCGACGGCUGUCACACGACGUGGGGGCCGCGGGGCGUCACGUGACAGAUGCGGUGGUUCCUUGGCUGCGGGGCAAGAGCCGCAGCGUGGACCAUUCCAUUCACAGCCCCUUCGAUCUCGAUGUGCUGCGGAAGAAGAUCGGAGAGAGGACUGCCUCGGAGCCGUCCAGGGACACCCGCUCGCCCUCCCCAGAGCCGGUGGAGGGCAGCAAGGAGAACAUCGCGCCGCCUGAGAAGAAGAUGGUGGCCAAGACCCAGCCACCUGUACCCACCAUGACCUACACGGUGACUGCCAGUGACACCCUCACCAGCAUUGCAGCAAGGUUUGACACCACGCCUUCAGAACUCACCAAGUUGAACAAACUUUUGACGCGCUUUGUGUACCCCGGCCAAGUGAUCGCCGUGCCAGACAAGGCAACAGUGACCUUGGAUAACAAGCCUGGCAGCCAAGACCCACCAGAUGAUACCGGUGGAGGCCAUGAUCCCCUGACACACAUCCGGCCCCCAAGCCCGAACCAGCGAGUGGACCUGAGGAGCCCUGCCUCACCCCACACCUGCCCUCGCACACCUGCCAAUUCUAUGGAAACAGAGAAGUCACUUGAUAAAGAGUGUCUGGAAAAGUUCCUGAAGAUAAGUGUACGGCACAUCACAGACGGCCAGGGUGUGGUGGCUGGAGUCCUUCUAGUCACUCCCAAUGCUGUCAUGUUUGACCCCAAUGUGUCUGAUCCACUGGUGAUAGAACAUGGUCCCGAGAGCUAUGGAGUCAUUGCACCCAUGGAGUUUGUGGUGAAUGCAGCUCUGUACUAUGAUAUCGCUCACAUGCGAGUCAAAGACACCAACCUCCCUAAGCCUGAAAUUCCCAAGCCAGAGAUCUACUGGGGGCCUGCAGGACAGGUGGAGAGAAUGGGGAGCCAGGAAUCUCCAGGGAAAGAUGCAUCUCUUAGUAAGGACACCACUUUUCCUGAGCUUGCUGCCUCCCAGGAUGACAAUGACUCCUCUUGCUCCUGUGGUGGAGACACCAGAGAGACUUCUGCCUUCCCCAAGGCCUUUGAGCAAGAAUUGCUCUCCCCCAUUGGGUCAGAUACAUCCCCAGCCAGCGGAGAGGGCCAGCUUCCCUCUGGCCAGCCAUCACCUGCCCAGCAGCAACCAGUGGUGGGGGACCUCACUCCCAUUGCAGAAGCCACCCAGGCCUCAGGCCCAAUCCUUGCUCAAACUGUGUGUGAUAACAAAGCUGCUCAGGACCUUGCUCAAAGUGAUACUCCUGCACCCAUUAUUUCUGAUGACCCUCUCACCAAUGAAAAAAAGAGAACAACUUCGGUGACAUUUGAUCUAUCGGGGGAGGGAGAGGAAGCUUCACCAGACACUACAAGUGAAAACAACCUGCAAGAAACACGUAAACAAAAGUGGGUGUCACAAAGCCGGGUGUGGCGCACAGUAUCAGGUACCAGCCCUCCCACCGCCUCCACGGCUUCUGCCACACCCAGGCCUCUCAGUGCUCUUCGGUCAGGCCAGUCGGAGGUCCUGAAGCGGCUGUCUUACCCAUUGUCUUGGAUGGAAAGCUUUAGUACGGAGAAAGAAAAUAUGCCACACCCAGCUGGUGUACAGCCCUCUUCUGCCCCCCCUGUAGGUCCUCACCCACCUGCUGAGGGGCCAGAGGGGGCCAAGCCAGGGGUCUUCUCCAAUGUGUUCAGUAUGUCCAACGUUUCCAAUAUGUUGUCCAGUUCGCCCAAAUAUCUGGUUGACUUCAGUAGUGGGCUUUUCGCUCGCUCCCCCUCUGACUCCUCAAGCUCAGUGCGAGAUGUAACAGAGCUGGGCACCCCCCCGGGAUCCCUCGAGGGGUACCGUGUUGCCCAGUCUGUAUUUUACCGCAAACAGAGCAGCUUGGGUAAUGACAAGGAGGAAAGAAAAGGCAUACCCAUAUUUCACCCAGGACGGCCCUCAAUGGACUUAAUGCGAAGACCCACCAACCAGCAGCCUCUCUUGCCACAAACAGCCCCAAGUUCUAACAUCACUAACAACACCAGUCUGCCACCAAUCUCCAGUGCCCCCCUCAGCCAGCAACAGCCACAGCAGCAGCAGCAGCAGCAGCAGCAGCAGCAGCAGCAGCAGCAGGCUCAGAAGAGAGCCCAAUAUAAAGAGGGACCAAAAUUUGGCCUCAAGAGCAUGGUCAGUAUGGACGACAUGCCAGAGCUCUUUGCCUCCUUUGACAUUCUAGGUCCCCACUUCUCAUCCCUACGUGAUCUGGGUUUAGGCAUCAAGGAGGACUCAUUGAAAGAACUGAUUCCAAAGCCUGCCACCUCCUGUGAGGAUCCCCCACUUUACCUCUGCCUCAGGAUGGGGAAACCAGCCAACAGAACAAUCCCCAAGUCCACUCCAGUCAUGUCUUAUGGCAAGAAGAGGAUGAGGCCUGAAUACUGGUUUAGCAUCCCCAAAAAUAGGUCAGAUGAGUUGUACAAUUUCUUCCAACUCUGGGCGCAUGAUAUAUACGGGGAGUUGAAUGAAGAGGAGGUCGCAUCCCGAGGCUUCAUCCUAGUGGAGGAGGAGACUGACCUGUGGACAGAACAGGACCAUGAGAGAGCAGAAGCUGAGGACGGCAUUGGUGGGGAGCUGACUGAGAUGACCAAGGAGUCAUGGGAGAAACUAAAAGCCCCUUAUGUUAAGCUCUAUUCCUUGAUGAAGAGUCAGAUGACCAUCUCUACGGAAUCGGAAAACCCUGAGGUUGUUUCUAUGAGUGAGGAGCUGCGUCGUGCUCUUUAUUCCUCAUCUUCACUCACCAGUCUGGACUUAGAGGCCUUUUUGCCCGAGGUGGUUGGCACCUCGGAGAUUAUCACUGACAAUGUUAGGAAGAGUAUGUACAAGAAGUUGCCAGCUCGAGCACAAGGGUAUGCUUGGAAGCUGGUGUUUAGCACUUCUCAGCAUGGCUUCAGUCUCAACUCCUUGUACCGCAAGAUGAAUGAUGUUGAUUCCCCAAUCAUGCUUUUCAUCCAGGACACAAAGCAAAACACUUUUGGUGCAGUGGUGUCCUGUUCUCUGCAUGUGAGCGAGCUGUACUAUGGCACUGGCGAGUCAUUCCUCUUCACCUUCCAGCCAGAGUUCCAGGUCUUCUCAUGGACUGGCGAGAACACAUUUUUUGUCAAGGGGAACAAUGAGUCCCUUAUUGUUGGUGGAGGAGAUGGUAACUUUGGCCUGUGGCUGGAUGGGGAUCUCUACCAAGGGCGCACACAGCCUUGCAAGACCUUCAACAACCCACAGCUGACAGACUCCGAGGACUUCAUUAUCAAAGCUGUUGAAUGUUGGUGCUUUGAGUGAGGAUCUAAGGCACUGACUGGUCUCUGAUAUGACACUUGUGCCCCCUCCAUGCCCUGAGUGGCAGCACACCCUGGGCUGGCCGCAUGGCGGAAGUCAUGCCACAGGACUUGUGACGUUGAGGGAAGCAUUUCCUGUCGGAGUGUGUGGGGGACUUGCCAGCUGUUAAUUGCUUACAGAGGUAUGCCUUUCAGUAAUCUCGAUACACAUACAUAUAUUACAUUUCUCCACCUUAAAAGGAAAGGCUGUCUUGUAGAUAUUCUUUAUUAUGUUCCAUGUAAUUUAUUCUUCUGUUUUGUUUUGUUUGGUUCUUUGAAAGUUUAGUUACACGUGGAUUUCUAAGAAAUUUAGGAGUUAUUUCCAUACUCUCUCUCUCUCUCUCUCUCUCUCUCUCUCUCUCUCUCUCUCUCUCUCUCUCUCUCUCUCUCUCUCUCUCUCUCUCUCUCUCUCUCUCAUGUCAUAUUGAGUAAAAGCUCACAUUUGAUAAAAAAUUAUUCUGUUUUGAAUCUUGAAUACAUUUGUUACUGAAGUAAUGUAUUAGUAAUCAAAUAGAAAAAUACUUUUGGUUAAUUUUUGACAUGACUGUUUUCUUUCAUCUUGUGGUGUAUUUGGGACCUGACUGGAAAUCGAAAGUAUUUUUUAUCAUGAAAUGCAUGGAUGUCCUUGGACCAUCCAAUGAGGUUACUGGGCACUGUUGUCUCACUGUAUUAGUUGGAGGUGCAGCACUAGCAGCUAACAGAUAAGCCUUAGAUAGUGCUUUACCUGAGGCAAGUGUGUGGCCUCUUGUAGAAGUCCACUGAGUGCUUGGUGCCACCAGACUCUGAGUAGCCCAAGUAUCUGGAGCAAUAAUACAGCAGUUUGUAUAUGGCAUUGUAGUGUCACCAAGGUAAUUCCUUACAGUCUGUGAGGUGGUAGUUGGCUGAGGUCACAAUGGGUCACUGGUUAGUGUUUUGUUGCUCAAGCACCAGGUGGUUCAGAGGAUCAAUGGAAAGAUUUAACAGAAAGAACAUAUCAGUAAGUGGAUGAGGCGGGUACUCAAUUGACUACAUCACAUUGUAUGAAUGCACUGACCAUUCUCCCAUUCUGAAUCAAGGUAUGGAGACCACUAGUGUUUGGACAUGAUUCUUUACACUAGCAUUGUCAUCUACAUUUCAGAUUAGUGAUAAAUAUGUGAAUUCAUUGUUGAAGUCAAAGAUGGAAUUACUAUCCAUUGUCACUUUAACAGGUUCUCCUAUAUAAUGCCACACUCCCACGAGGUGUUUAAUAACAUGUAUGGAAAGUGGAAACCUAUUUCCAAUACACAGGAAGGGUGUUGUAUGUAGUAUGCAUUAUUUUUUCUUUGGAAUGAUAAUAAUAGAAAAAAUUAUAUAAGUACAUGGUUUACCUUAUGUUGUUGGAUUUUGUAGCUUGGCAUGUGAAAAUCAGGUUACAAGGUAAUUACUCUGAAGCCUUGGCAUGUUACUGAAUGUUUUCUCUCAAAUAAUACAUGUAAUCGAGCUUGGUACCAGCUUAUUUUUUUCAUCACAAAUCUGUGGUUUGAGGGAAAUUAGUGAAGAUGGUUUGGUGAAGGUCAAGAACAGAAUGGUAGUAGUUUUACUUACCUUUAAUGCUGGAUCUCUCUCAUCUUUAAGCUAUAUAUAUAUAUAUAUAUAUAUAUAUAUAUAUAUAUAUAUAUAUAUAUAUAUAUAUAUAUAUAUAUAUAUAUAUAUAUAUAUAUAUAUAUAUAUAUAUUAGUUAUUUUUUAAUUUUUUUUUUCCCCUCAGAAAUAUAAAGUUAUAUUGAUUGCUGUGUGGGCAGUGUAUGUUUAUGAGAGUUUUCAGUAGUGUCUGUGCCAUUAUCCUCCAGCUGAAAAUGUGUGCAUUGCUGAACACUUAUCAUGUCAUGCAAGAAAAUUAACAUACAAGGAGAAACUUCAUGCCAUAUAAAAGAUAAUGAAUGCCUUGUUUUUUUGUUGGUGUUAUUCAGUAAGUUUUGCUCAAUGGUUAACUGAAGGAAUUUGUAUAACUUGAUUUAGUAAUGAGCCAGAUACCUUUGUUUUGGUGAUGUUUAUGUAAGCUUUGUGGUAGGUAGAGUGGCACUGAAAGAACAAGCUAAAGUAGCUUUCAGCAGUUAGCAGCAACAGCAACAAAUACAAACAUUAAAAAAAAAAAAAAAAAAAAUACAUCAGUGCCCCAUCAUAUAUAUUACUAUGCCCCUUUCCUCUAUGUUAAGAGUUCCAGUAAUACUUUGCUUCCAGUAUACUUAAAAAUGUAGAUAUCAAGGAUGUUGAAAAAUUGUAUGAGUGGAAUUAGUUUGCUAAGUCUAGUUAUUGUGGGUAUAGCAGCUGGCUUCCCUGCUCCACUGUUAGUCCAUCUGUAUGUGGCAGUAGUUGCUCCCUCAUCUGCCAGUAGCUUUUUGGCUCAUUGCUUGUCAUGGAGCCAUGCUGACCAAGCAGUGGUUAUGGUUCUUUUCAAGCAUUGGUGAACAGUUCUCUUUCCAUUGAGACAUCUGGUCUGUUGUCAGCUGCAUUGCAACAAGGAAAGUUUAUUCUGCCUCAGACACUACUACCACUCUCCUCUUGGCUGGAGAGAUCCUUGAGCCUAUGUAGCAGCUGCUGGACACAGUGACUUAGGCUCAAAUGCUCCUCAAUUUCUGUAAUGCAAGCUUAAAGUUUGAUAUGUAUUUCAAGUAUCCUGAUGUGUACAUCAUAUUGAUUUUUUGUUUAUAUAUAUAUAUAUAUAUAUAUAUAUAUAUAUAUAUAUAUAUAUAUAUAUAUAUAUAUAUAUAUAUAUAUAUAUAUAUAUAUAUAUAUAUAUAGUUUUGCAUUUUGCUUCCUGCUUAUUGAGAGAUCACCUUGGUGAGCCUCUGUGACUAAAUGUAAGGAAACCUUGGCAUACUGAGCCAGAUGAAGACUGUUAGCUAUUGAUAUACAAAAUAUAGAGUAAUAAAUGUUCUAUUUUGGUAGUUUCAUCGUUCUUGUGAAUAUAUACUGUAAUUAGUGAGUGUUGUGCUGUAUGUUGUGUGAGCAAGGGAAGGGUAAAAACAAAGGCAGGGCAAUGCUUCUGUAAGGAAACAGACACUAUAUUUGUAAAGUUCAUUCCUUCCAUAAAAACAUGCUGAAUAGAUGACUAUUCAGCCAAGCAGGUUUCAUGGGUGAUGGUAAGCCUUCAGAUAGGGUGAAAGGCUUGGUGGGGAGGUGCCAUACAUUGGCUUUAGGCAGUGGUUGCAAAGAGCCUGAGCCAAGUGGAAUAUGGUCCUGUAUACAAGUGUGUUACGGAACUCUGCUUAUACUGUUGUGAUGUCAUUAAAACUAUAUUAGUUUUACUUGACAGAAUUGUUACUUCUGAUUUCUUCUGUUGAAUUUUAGUAAUAUCAUAACUGGUUCAUUUAUUUUUAUACAUCAUAGAAGAUAUAAUAACAGUUCCCCAUUUUACUAGGCAAAGAUUUAUUCUAUCAUUCAAUAACUUCUGUUGUCUAGUGUAUUUCAGUAACCCUGGUGUCUGUAAAGUACUUUAGUGCUAAAAUGGCAAUAUUCAUGUAAAGUCUAUUAGGAAACUGUAAACCAAUGGACUUGCAUUAUGCUACUAAACGAAAUAUCACAGUAGUCAUUGUAAUAUAUCAUCACACAAAGAGGCAAGAAUGCAAAUCCAGUGGGUAGAUGAAAGCUGUGAUGUCCCAUCCCUUGUAGCUGGAGUUAUUUUGGGACAUGUCAUGGAAACCUAGGAAGUAAUGGCAGGCUGAGUAUACUGGUAUAUUUACCUGUAACUGUUGGAUGAGUUCGUGACAUGUAGUAUGACAGUAUAGAUGAGCUGCUCAGAUGGUCCAUGUAAAGUUUAUCUCAUUAUAACACAAGGAGAACUGAGGGAAAACUUUGAGCAAGUGGAAUGAGAGUACAGUCUACCAGUGUGGGAAUUCACUGUCUUCCAGCUGCCCACAAGGAGACCUUAACUUUACACAGACACAGCUGCUGCAUGACUCAGUGAUACACUUAACUAUGUGGCUUGUGCUGUUACCUCAGGCAGAACUGUGCACUUUUGCUACUAUAGUGAACUUCUAUAUGUGUCACUCCAGAGUGUUGUGCAUAUUUCUUUAGUUUGGAUUUUUGGUUCAGCAAUGAGAGAUGAUGCCUUGUCAAUUUAAAGACUUCUUGGUUACUAUUAAUAUUUUGAAGUAAGAUUGCACCAAAUGUGCACAUUUGUACACACACACACACACACGUGAGUAUCUUUCAUAAAAUUCUCUCUCUCUCUCUCUCUCUCUCUCUCUCUCUCUCUCUCUCUCUCUCUCUCUCUCUCUCUCUCUCUACAUGAUAAUUCUGUGGAAGUUUGCCAACUGUUGUCCUAUGGCAGCCUAUUAUAGCUUCCUCAAGUGGCAUUUGGGCCACUCAGUUGAUCAUCUAUUGUGCCCAGUUAUUGAUUGAUGAGACAAAUCUACAACCACUUUCAAACAUGGUCAUCCAUUUCAUCACUACACUUACAUCAAACAUCACUCUUUUACAUAAGUGUGUGUGUGCAGUAUAUAUAUAUAUAUAUAUAUAUAUAUAUAUAUAUAUAUAUAUAUAUAUAUAUAUAUAUAUAUAUAUAUAUAUAUAUUACAGUAAAAUGUCUUUAGUUUGUCAUGUAUAUGUCUAAUGGUUAUGCAGGCCUUGUGACAAAAAGAUAAGACAACUAUUCCAUUUUACACUGGAGAAAUUAGGAGGCAUCAGGGUAAUGCAUGUUUUUUAUUUAUAUAUAUUUUUAUUUUAAUUUUCAUCACUAAAGUAUAUGAUUUUCUUUCAGUGCAGUAUUGAGGAUGUGAUUGAAUAUAAUUGGUAGAACUAUAUUUAUUUAUUUUAGCUUUUUACUUAUUUUCUUGUUAAGUUAUGCCUUUUACUUUUCCCCCCUCGUUACUUGUAGCCAUGCAACCUACCUCUGGUGUUUGCCCGGCUCAGUACCUGGGUCACCACUCAUUGUGUGAAACACAUGCACCUAUACAAACCAUCAUAGAAUAUCAGUCAUACCCUCAAAUUUCUUGCAGACCAAGCACCCAUUUGUUGCAUGGUGCAAUGGAACAAGAUACUGUGCACUUAAUAUAACCAAAGGUGCUUCUAUGAAAAAGUGUGCUGAAUACAGUGUUUAUUCAUGUUUUAAGAAUCAAUAUCAAGUAUAAAUUGUUAUUGAUUUAUCAUUUGGUGAAAUCCAUUUUUUAGUAAUUUUUGGUCCUGAUUAUUCUGAACUAAAGACAUUUCACUGUAUAUAUGUGCACUGCUUUAUGCAAUCACCUAAAUGAAAUUUUUAGCUUCUGCCAUUUGUGUAUAUCAAAAUUACUGUUAUUAUAGACAAUGUGUUCAUGGAAAUAUAGCUUUCAAAGCAUAAAAGGUAUCCUCCAAUGCAUUCAUUACAUAACCAUAGAAUAGCCAGCAAGUAAAAGUAUAAUAUGAAUGUAGCUAUAUAUGUAUACAUUUGUAAAUAGAGAGUUACUGUGUGUAUAUCAAUGUUUGUAUAAAUAUAGAUAAUACACUUUACAUAA